GGCUCGCUUCCUCUUUUCUGAAUCUCCGUUUCCUCACGACAGCAGCAUAAAUAAAUAGGACGCUGUGAGGCACACAGCUGACUGGAGGCUCCCGAAGGAGCUGGCCUGGCCCAGCACGGAGGCCCCGAGGAGCAGAGCCGUGGGACCACAAGGGCCGGUGACCUGAGUGUGGCCCAGACCCCAGCCCCGCAGCAAUGGGAGACUGCAGGGCAGUGAGGAUGCCCCUCUGUCCAUAGCCAGGGCCCCCCAGCCACCCACCUGCAGGUCCAGAGCCCACCAGGAGAUGGCGCCGCGCCCAGGACUGCUCCUCAUGGCCCUGCUGCUUCUGUGCAGGGGGCCCAGGGUGGAAGGCUCAGAGGACACUGUCCCGCUGCAGACCCUGCGCUGCUACAAUGACUACACCAGCCGCAUCGUGUGCAGCUGGGCGGCGGAGGCGGCCGCCGAGCAGCUCAUCAAUGUGACCCUCCAUCGCCAUCGCAGGUUGUUAAAAUCGAACCAUUCCGAGGCGGUGUCCUGCGAGCUCACUGAGGACAUGCCCUGGUCACACUGCCCGUCUUCUCCUUGUGUGCCUAGAAGAUGCGUCAUUCCCUACACUGCCUUCGCCCUGGCUGAUAAUGACUACUACUCAUUCGAGCCAGACCGGCCUCUGGACAUCAGGCUCACUGUGACGCUGGCCCAGCAUGUGCAGCCACCUCCGCCCCAGGACGUCCAGAUCAACACCUCUGGGGACCAAGUCUUGCUGACCUGGAGUGUGGCCCUUGAGGGUCCCCACACGUCCUGGCUGUCGCAGAGGGACCUGGAGUUUGAAGUGGUCUACAAAAGGCUUCAUGAGCCCUGGGAGAGUGCCAGCACCCUGCACUCCAACUCCUCCCAGGCGGCCCUGGGGCCCGAGCUCUUCCUGCCCAGCAGCACCUACGUGGCCCGAGUGCGGACCCGGCUGGCCCGGGGCUCCGGCUUCUCGGGAAGGCCCAGCCAGUGGAGCCCCGAGGUGAGCUGGAGCUCGCAGCCAGGGGACCAGGCCCAGCCCCAGAACCUGCAGUGCGUCUUCGAUGGGGCCCACACGCUCAGCUGCUCCUGGGAGGUGAGGUCGCAGGUGACCAGCUCGGUCUCCUUUGGCCUCUUCUACAGAUCCAGCCUGGAUGCAGGGGAGCAGGAAUGUCCCCAGGUGCAGAAGGAGGAGCUCCAUGACAUCUAUACCCGACACUCUUGCCAGAUUCGGGUGUCCAACCCCAGGCCUCACAGCCAGUACACUGUGACCGUGCGUCCGCGGAAUGGGGAGAAAUUCAUAAGGAGCGCAAACCACAUCCAGAUGGCAGCCCCAACCCUCAAUGUGACCAAGGAUGGUGACACCUACAGCCUGCGUUGGGUGACCGAGAAAAUGUACUAUUCCCACAUCGAGAACACCUUCGAGAUCCAGUACAGGACAGCGGGGGACCGCUGGGAGAACAGCAAGACUGAGACCCUGAAGAACGCCCACAACAUGCCCCUGCCACCCCUGGAGCCCGCCACCACCUACCUGGCCAGGGUGAGGGUCAAACCCAGCCCUGGAGGCGCCUACAAUGGGAUCUGGAGCGAGUGGAGUGAGGAGCAGCGCUGGACCACGGACUGGGCGCUGCCCACCUGGGUGCUGGCCCUCGUCCUGGUCUUGGUCACCCUGGCCCUGCUGCUGGCCCUGCGCUUCUGUGGCCUCUACGGGUACAGGCUGAACAGGAAGUGGAAAGAGAAAAUCCCCAACCCCAGCAAGAGCCACCUCUUCAAGAAUGGAAGCGCUGGGCUCCGGCUCCCAGACAGCAGGAUGGCCUUCGCCAGCAGGAGCGCCCCUUCCUGGGGCGUCAUGGGUGGCCGCUUCCUUGAGAUAGAGGGGGUGUGCCCUGCAGAUUCCCGGGACAGUGAGGUGUCACCUCUUACCACAGAGGACCCCAAAGUUGUCUGUGAUCCUCCAUCAGAGCCUCAUUCCACUCCAGCCGCCUCGGACCUGACCCAAGAGCAGCCCCCUAGUGUCCAGCCAGGUCCACCAGUCCCCCAAGACCAGCCUGGGGACCAGCUGGCCACCUUUGACUUUAAUGGCCCCUACUUGGGGCCGCCCCACAGCCACUCCCUGCCUGACCUCGCAGGCCAGCAAGGGCCCAAGCCCGAACUGCCAGGCUCUCUGGAGUAUCUAUGUCUCCCCCCAGGGGGACGGGCGCAGCUGGUCCCCCUGGCCCAGGCCACAGGCCAGGCCCAGCCUGCCCCUGGGGAGUGUCUGUCUGGACCUGUCACCCAGGGCAGCCCCUACCUGGAAGCUGGGGGAGGCCCUGCCCCUCCUGCAUCUGACCCUGGAAGCCAGGCACAGGGCCCAGGGGACGGCCCAGGGGAUAGCCCAGUCAUUCUGCCCACAAACUCAGGGGGCCCUGAGCACCCUGUCGUGGCCUCUGGUUAUGUCACCACUGCAGACCUGGCACUCACCUUGUCCACAGAGGCCUCCUCUGUCUCCCUGGCUCCCCCUCCAGACCUCUGCCCAGGGCUGUCUGAUGAGGCCCCUGCAGCCCCCACACCUGGGAAGCCACGCUUUGAGGGCUACGUGGAGCUCCCUGCAAGCAUGGGGCCAUUGCCCAAGUCCUUUCUGGGCGGUUUUGUCCCUCCUGCACCCAGCAGCCCUGUUCUGAGCCCAGGGACUCCCCAGGGUGAUGUGUCCCCGCUAUCUCCAGCCCCUGAGGGGCUGCUUGUCCUGCAGCAGGUAGGGGACUACUGCUUCCUGCCUGGCCUAGGAUCUGGUCCCCUCUCACCUCGGAGCAAGCCGUCCUCCCCGGUACCCUGUCCAGAAAUCAUGGACAUAGAGCAGGGUUUCCCAGUCAAGAAACCCCCAGGCCAGCCUAUGCCUCAGGUGCCUGCUAUUCAGUUCUUCAAGUCCCUGAAGCAGCAGGACUACCUGACACUGCCCCCCUGGGAGGUCAGCAGGCCCCAUGAGGUGUGCUGAGGACACCACAUCCUUCGCUGCACCUGUCACCUCCCCAGAGCCCUGGGGCAUCACGCUGACACAGACGGGCCUGCGGAGCCCUCCACACUCCGGGCCUCCUGGACAGACUUUCAGCAAAUCAUUUCGCCCACUCCUCUGACACACACGCACGCACGCACACACAUGCACCUUUCUCUGGGUUAUUUCUAGAUUUCAAGUCUUUAGUGCUUUCUGUCCACAGCCACCCACCUUCCUCUCAUCUUGUCUUUUUGGGCUCCCCACCUUCGUUCUGUCUUCUCCACUUUGUUGCUGAUUCAUUCGGGAAUGAGGUUGGGUCCCAGGGAGCCUGUUCUGAGUGUGUGACUUAUCCGGGUGUCGCAGGGCUCUCCGGUGGGCAGCCUGUGCUCUGUGGGCUCCUGGGCACAGCGUGUGCUUCUGGGGCAGCUGCAGGAGGGCUCAGGGCAUCUCAGACUUUGAUACAGAGCAGAAGCUCACCUACAGUCUCGAUCCUCAGCUGUCAUUCCAGGAAAUGGCCAUGGUGUGUAACAGCUGUCACACAUUGCUGGAGAGCUCUCUGUUGGUCUCCACAGACAUGACUCAGGGGUCUCAGGGUGCCCCCACUAUAGAGAGAAGUCACUGAUCUGGGCAAUGCCACAUGGCCCUGAAGUGUGGCUUAGGCUAGUGGGACAGUGGGGACUUCAGCAAGGGUCGGCUGUAUCAGCUCUGCAGAAGUUGCAAAAAUUGCUACAUUGCGGACCAAAGGAGAACACUCAGAAGACACACGCUUUAAAGUACCUGGUGGGGUGGCCCUGCUGCUCCCCGUGCAGGAGGCUGCAGCUCUGGCUUCCUGGCCACAGACCUGGGCCUGCCCUGGAGAUUAGGGUUCUUGGAAAUCUCUGCCUUUUUGAUACACAAAAAUGAUGGCAUUACAUUGUUUUACCUUCCACUAUCCGAGCAUUAUCCAGCGGGCUCAUGCGUUCAUAUGGAACUUGCACAUCUUUUUUAAACAGGGCUGAAGCCCAUUAAGUUCUUUGGUUAGACGUUAUCUUUGUCUGAUAAAGUUUUUUAAGGUAUUUUAAGUGUGGCCGUUCAUAAUGGUGCGAAGUUGUUUCUUAAAGUUCAUUGUUUGUCUUACACGCUUUGUACAAGUGACAUUUUGAGUCCUUGAUGUUUACAGGCCUGUGCUGUCAUGAGAUGAGUCCCUGGGCCACUUCUCUAACCUGGGGACCAAAUCUAUAAAUGCCUUCUCUAGAGCCAAGUGGAAUUUGUCCUUAUUUAUAUUUUUCUAGUUCCUCUUCUGCAUCAAGAUUUUCGUGUAAAAUUUUAAUUAAUUUGGAACACAGGGGCCCUCUCUCCAUGCCUUCCCCAAACACAGAUCAGGUGACCCACAGCAGGUGCCAAAUCGUCUGCUCCUUGUCCCUGGACCCGAAAGGCCACUUCUGUGAUACAGAAAGUCCCCAUCUGAGCUUCAUUCUUUUCUAGAGGUCCUUUCUCGACUGUCCUGAUUGCUCCAGCUUUAUAACAUUUGAAGAAGCAUCAGGGUCAGGAGUCUGGUUACCUCAUAUUCCCCAGCCCUUGUUCAUACAACAGUGUUUGUGGUCCAAGAAAAUCAUAAAUAUCCUAAAUGUUUGUCAAUAGCGAAAUCCAUGACAGUGGCAGAAACUUCUGUGGAAAUGGAGAUGGACCAUCCCAGAUAGCAGAAAGAGGUUCAAGACAUUCAUUCCCAAACAUCCGGGCAUUGUUCAGAGGGAAAAAUUGCAAUAAAAUGUUUGUACUAUAAAACAA